AGGCACCGUUUUAAGCCAGGGCAGUUGUUGCUUGCCGGGAACUGAAUACAUGCGCACCAACUGCAAUCAUGGCCAAACAGUAUACUCGAGGAGACCGAGGUCGUCAUCGCCUUUGCAAUGCGUCAUGGCGCCAAGGCAAGGGCUAUGCAUCCAGUCCCAGGAGGCAGCGGUUUGCUCGGUACUUUGGGCAGUGCAGGUCGAUUGUGCAGGUCGAUUGUGGAAACCGGAGAGCGACCCGCGGUCGUCACUCGGGGUGAUCUGUUGAAUUGCAUGUGGCUCAGUGGACUCGUCCUCGUCACAUACUGCAUGUUCAUGGAAGCGGGUGCGUGUAUACAGGAGCGCCAUGGACAGGAGUUGUACACCCUGCGCACUUGUCGUUCCUGCAUGGUGACAAGCCGGCGCACCAGGCACAGGCGCGGUGAGACGAUGCUGUGCAAGCCCAGGCGCACAAACGGUCGUCCGAAGCGGAAGCUGGUGCCUGGAGAAGGAGGGGGCUGGUGCGAGAAGAGGGUGCUUGUGCGCCGUGCUGAUGCGGCCAUCACAAGCACCCAGCCGACGCAAGGAAGCAGCAGACCAGCGACAACGACGUGGGUCUGGAAGGAGCAGGCGGAUGGCAUGCGGAUGGCAUGCGGAUGGCAGGCGGAUGGCAGGCGGACCCGAGAACAGGCGAUAGCGCCGGCGAUUGCCGGCUGGGGCCGGGAACAAGCCGGCGCGGAAGGCACCCGGUAUGUUCCGCAAGGGGCGGCACGCGCGGCCAGAUGGGACAGGUGGGACAGGCGGCGUGGGCGCGGGAGGCGACAGGAGACGGGCAAGGGCGCCGGGCGACACCAACCAAGGGGCGAGGAGCGACGCGCAGGGGCGCGUGCGCAGACGCGUGGUGCGGCGCGGCACUGCAGACAAUGGGGAGACCAAGCAGACGACUAUGGACAGGGCGGGAGCACAAGCGGCCUGUGCUUGCGACACAGUACAGUGGCACCUUCUGUGGCCCCAAAAUGCGAGUUGACGCGAAGACACGCGCAGGGGGCGGAUAUGCGCCGCGGCGAUGGAAGGGAGCCGGGCGAGGCGGCGAACAUCGGCCAGCGACCGACGACUGCUGUGCGGCGGCAGUCAGGGCGCCUCCGAAGGCGGCCGUGCAACCGGCGGAGGCAGGAGCAGAGCCGAUUGGGGAGGCCAGGGCCGCGAGACACGCGGCGGGGCCAGACAGGCGAUACAGCAAGCGACGGCGCCGGUGGCAGGCGGGGUGCGGCUCAGUGGGCCGCACAAGCCGCGCAGACGCGCCAACGCCAAACAACGCGCUGCAGACAAGGGCCAAUAAGCCGUGAGACAAGCUGCCACUGUGGCUGCCUCGCGGGCUGGCGCGGAGCGGCCGACGGCACAGAGGACAAUGGGGAUGCUGCGUCGGACAGCAAGGGCACUCGCUCACACAGACAGGGGACCGCGGCAAAGGACGCAGCGCGACCCGCGCGCCACCGCGCACAAGGGGCGAGCCCAGAAGCCAGUAUCGGCCGUGGUGGCGGCAGGAGCACCUUGUGCGGCGCGGCAGGCGGGUGCGUCACGCCGCGGGGGCGGCAGCAGCACAGCGGCGACACGGGGACGUGA